AUGCGUAGUGUUUCGGAGUCUAGUGUGGGAGAUGUUGCAUCAUCUAUGGACUAUAUUAGCUCUGAUUACAUUCCUGAAGAAUCCAGCUUGAAAAAGACUGUUAGGUUUAAUGAUGUUAUUGCUAGACAAUUUUAUAGGUACAACUCCUCUAUUGAAGGUCAAAAGAAGAAAAACCAACGAAAAAAGAGUAAAAAACGGAGCCAAGAAAGACACAGAAGUGAGAGUGAAGCUGAAGAUGAAAAUAUUAACUCUGUUCAGGCAUCUAAACCGAGACUAAAAUCAGUUUUGAAACUCAGACGUGACAGUGGAUUAGCUGAUACAUCUGAUGCUGAAAAUGAGUGCAGGAACUUACAAUCAGACUCUGAAUUGUCUUAUGAUAACACUUGUUAUGAAAAAAUGAAAGAUGUUGAUAUUAAUGCAAACAGCAAAGAAAAUUCACCAUUAAAAAUGACUGAUAAAAAUGGUAAUGGAAGUAAAAAGUUUGAACCACAUAAAUGGAAACCUAAAAUUGAAACUACUUCUACUAAAAAAGAAAUGAAUCCAGUAACAUGUGAUAACAUUAAACAUAAUACAGAAUUCUACAAUCCUGAAAAUUUAAACAAAGGUCAAUACCAAGAAGUUAUGUUCAAAAAUGAUCUCAUAUUUGAUUUAGACAUG